CGGGGUACACCUGGCAGCUACCUGAGCAAUCAGGUCCAAAAACAACGCUGCAUUAGGAAUUUCAGUUGUUGGUACAUGUAGCGUUACAACCUCCCCUCACAACCUUCUACAACCCUGCCUUUGCCUUACCUUAGGUCCAAUUAUCUCAGGUUCAACCUUCCCUAUUCACAUAUCACAUUCUCACAUUCUCAGACGCCAUUCACCAUUCUGGGUAUUAUAUAUUCUCUCUUCGGUACUUUGCUCGGUUCGGGGGAGAGAGGCCGCAUACCACAGCCCCGCCGAACCGCUUCGCCUCGUUUGUCCUACCCCCUAUAUACUAGACUCACCGUCUAAUAGGACCUCCUGAAUUUCGUGGCUCUCGAGUACAAGUAGGGACAUUUCACCUGCGGUCAAGUCGGAAGCAAACAUCAGACCAUCUCAGUCUAAACAUCUCUAAUAUAAGUCUAAGUGUCUAAGUCAUCACCACCCCCAAUGGCAAACGACAAAGACAUCAUCACCUGCCACAUUCUGGACACCUCCAUAGGCAAGCCAGCUAAGGGGGUCCGCGUCAAGCUGGAAGGCGGGCAUGCUCCUCUUAAGACUUUCGAGUCUCAGACCGAUGACGACGGCCGCAUCAAGGCGUGGCUACCAUAUUCCAGCAUCCACUCGUCAGGAGAUGUACCUACUUACACCCUGGACGACGUGCUGAGCGAGGUGCAAACUAAGUCCACUUGGACUCUACGCUUCGACACCGGAAGCUACUUUGGCGAGGGAAACACUUUCUUUCCCGAAGUUCUGGUCUCGGUCACCGUCGAAAAAGGCCAGCAUUAUCACGUGCCACUGUUGCUGUCUCCUUAUAGCUAUACGACUUACAGAGGCAGUUAAGGCGCAUAUUAAAGGGGGCUAGAGGGGGAAAGAUCAAAACCAUUGGAGACGCUAUAGAGAAUUGCCCAUGAUUUGGAGAAAUCUCAAUAUGGAUUGUGGGGGCAACCCGGCUACAAUCGGUUCUUAUCUCAGCUACAGAUAUCGAUUGUCUUUGGCAUAUCAUCUACAGCAGUUUAGGCCUAACGUGCUUCCCUAAGCACGCAUAGGAUGGAAUACUGGCCAGAGAACCCUCAAAUAAAGGAGAAACCUUCGUUAGAACUCCAGUUCAGACUUACAACACAAUUAAAACUAAGCCACCUUUCUUAUCGAGUUUUCCAUCAUUGUUCUUGGACCCAAUGUGAAUUAAGAAAUUUCCAGCCAUUUUGG